AACACAUUAUUAAUUAGAAAAAACCAAUCCACAUAUGAUAUUAAUUGCUUUUCUCUGAUUUUAGUGCUCGAGGUUGUAACAGAACAAAGAGGUGGAGAUUUAGAAAAUUUGCACACAGUCUGUUAUGAUAAAUACAAAAAGUUUGAACGGCCCAGUAACGAAAAUGAAUCUACUAAUUACAAGCAAAAAUGUGAAACAGAUGCUACGUUCGAAAUAUCAAAAAAAUCGACAUGGCAAGAGCAAAAGAUUUUAUUUUUAAGAGCCCUAAUCUGUAUCAAGCGAGAUCCUCAAUUGACAAAAUUUAGAUUAAGUGUACACGCUAUUAACGGGGUGUUAUUAGGAGUAGUUUUCUAUAAUUUCGGCAACGAUGCGGAAAAAGUGUUUAGCAAUAUUGCUUGUUUCUUUUCCUUUAUGAUGUUUUUAUUCUUCGCAAAUGCCAUGCCAACAGUGCAAAUGUUUCCUACAGAAGCGUCGGUAUUCCUGCAGGAACAUUUAAAUAACUGGUAUUCCCUGAGAUCUUAUUAUAGUGUAAAAAUACUUGCGGAUCUACCGUUGCAGAUAUUGUGUACCUCAUCCUUCCUAUUUACAGCAUAUUAUAUGACGGGGCAGCCAAUGGAAUAUGUUAGAAUUCUACAGAUGUGGAGCGUAUGUCUGUUAAUUACAAUUCUUGGACAAGCGAUCGGAGUAUUUGUAAGCGUAAUUGUUGGCCGUGAGUUAGGUUUGUUUCUGAUACCGGCAUGCAGUAUACCAUUGCUGCUCUUCGCGGGAUUUCUCGUGAAAUUAAAUGACUUAGCGGCAUGCUUACAGCCUUUAACCGUUAUAAGCUUCUUCAGAUUCACAUUCGAAGGAAUGAUGCAGGCGAUUUAUAUUGACCGAUCGAAUCUGUCGUGCUCGGACAUCUACUGUUUUUGGAAAUCGCCAAAUAAAAUUCUCUCGCUCAUGGAUAUGCCAACGAUACUGUAUACCUCAUCCUUCCUAUUUACAGCAUAUUACAUGACGGGGCAGCCAAUGGAAUAUGUUAGAAUUCUGCAGAUAUGGAGCGUUUGUCUGUUAAUUAAAAUUUUUGGACAAGCUGUCGGAAUAUUUAUAAGCGUAAUUGCUGGCACUGAGGUACUUCAAAAGCGUAUUUUUUAUUAUUUUAAUUAAUACGCUAAAAGUUAAAAAUACAAUAAAUCAACAUUACAUAUUACAAUAUUAUAUCGGAACAAAUCGCAGCUAUAAGUAUUUAUACCAGCUUUGUUUAAAUUGCUCAAAAUUUUGUUUAAAAUAAAGUAAAAAUAACGUGUUACACACUCAUGUCAAGUUUAUGCUUGUUUUAAACAAAGAACUGGUUUAUAUUUUCGCUGUAACAGCAGAAUGUUAAGAGAAAUAGGAUUAGAAAUGUAGAAAAAGUAGAAACUUUUAUACUUAGAUAUAUAACACGGUUGUAUAAACAAUAACGUACGUUAUAAGAUUUAUUUUUCUAUAAUAUAAUUGGGUAUGGUAAUAAGGUAAGAAUUGGCAUUUUAUAUAAUACAUAUAAAAUAAAUUAAAUGUAAUUAUAUAAUAAACUAAAAUAUCUUAAAAUACAAAUAAAUCAAUGCAUCGAUUGUGUAAAGUUGACAAGAAUGUAAAAUAGAUAAUAGCCUAUAAUUUCCAUAUUUUUACAUCAAGAAUGCAACAAAAUAAUAAAUGUAAAAUUAUGUGUAUAGUAGUGAUAAAAAAACGUAAGGUGUUGUAACCGCAACAAUAAUAAUGAUGAUACAUA